CGCUUAUGCUCGAUUGAACCAAACCGUGUCGCAGUGUUCUUCCGCCACAAAAAACAUUCCCGUUCAGAUUACUGAAACGCCCACAGUGAUUAUUUGAUUGAUUUAGAGCACCUAGGAGGGGUAGCCGGUCCGGUAUCGCGCCGCCUGUUGUCGCUUUCAUUCAAAAAUGACAUCUAUGUACGUUAUCAAGCGCGACGGCCGGCAGGAGCCGGUCAUGUUUGACAAGAUUACGGCUCGCAUAGUGAAGCUUGCUUAUGGCCUGAAUCCGGACUUCUGUGAUGCGGUCCUUGUUGCCCAGAAGGUUGCUGGAGGUGUUUACAAAGGUGUCACAACAUCGGAGCUUGAUGAGCUUGCUGCUGAGACAGCUGCCGCGCUCACUUCUACGCACCCGGAUUAUGCAAUUCUGGCUGCGCGCAUCGCUGUGUCCAACUUGCACAAGAAGACAAAGAAGUCCUUCAGCGAAACUAUGGAGGCACUUUACAACUACAAAAAUCCACGGACCGGCCAGGAGGCUUCCUUGAUCGACAAAGAGGUCUUCCAAAUCAUAAUUCAGAAUGCUGCGCGCUUAAACAGCGAGAUUCGCUACGAUCGCGACUUUGACUUCGACUACUUUGGCUUCAAGACUUUGGAGAGGUCUUACUUGCUCCGGAUGAACGGCGAGGUGGUGGAGCGGCCUCAGCAGAUGCUGAUGCGCGUGGCUGUUGGAAUUCACAAGGACGACAUCGAAUCGGCGAUCCAGACGUAUCACGCGAUGUCUGAACGCUGGUUCACCCACGCAUCACCCACGCUUUUCAACAGCGGCACCCCACGCCCGCAGCUCAGCUCGUGUUUCCUGCUGUGCAUGCGCGACGAUUCCAUUGACGGGAUUUAUGACACGCUCAAGGAGUGCGCUGUAAUUUCCAAGAGCGCGGGCGGAAUUGGACUGUCCAUUCACUGCAUCCGCGCCACGGGGUCGUACAUUCGUGGUACGAAUGGCACCUCGAACGGCAUCGUCCCCAUGCUGCGUGUCUUUAACGACACAGCGAGGUAUGUGGACCAGGGCGGCGGCAAGCGCAAGGGCGCCUUCGCCAUCUACAUCGAGCCCUGGCAUGCGGACGUCUUCGAGUUUUUGGAUCUGCGCAAGAAUCACGGCAAGGAGGAGGCGCGCGCGCGUGAUCUGUUCUACGGCCUUUGGAUUCCGGACCUGUUCAUGGAGCGUGUGGAGGCGGACAAGGAGUGGAGCCUUUUCUGUCCCAACGAGGCGCAAGACCUGGCUGAGUGCUGGGGAGCAGACUUUGAGCGCCUGUACACGCAGUAUGAACGCGAGGGCCGGGCACGCAAGGUGGUGCGCGCGCAGCAACUGUGGUUUGCCAUCCUGGAGGCUCAGGUGGAGACGGGCAAUCCGUACAUGUUGUACAAGGACUCGUGCAACAAGAAAUCCAACCAGCAGAACCUGGGCACUAUCAAGUGUUCCAAUCUGUGCACCGAGAUUAUUGAGUACACCAGCCCCGACGAGAUCGCGGUCUGUAACCUUGCAUCCAUCGCGCUUCCCCGCUUCGUGCGUGAGCGGGGCAGUCAGCCUGGGUGGGAGUCUAAGAAGUUGGUUGGCAGCCUGGAUGCGCCCAACCGCUUUUUCGAUUUCGAGAAGCUGGCGGAAAUGACCCAGAUGGCCACCCGCAACCUGAACAAGAUCAUCGACGUCAAUUACUAUCCGCACCCCAAGGCCCAAAAGUCCAACAUGCGUCACCGCCCUAUUGGGCUCGGCGUCCAGGGUUUGGCGGACACUUUUAUUAUACUUGGUAUGCCCUUCGACUCGCCCGAGGCUGCGGAGCUCAACCGCCAGAUCUUCGAGGUCAUUUACUAUGCUGCCCUGUCGGCCUCGUGCGAGCUAGCUGAGCGCGACGGCACGUACGAAACGUACGAGGGUUCGCCUGUGAGCCAGGGCAUCCUGCAGCCCGACAUGUGGGGUGUAAAGCCUACUGGCGUCGGCAGCAGGUGCGACUGGCCAGCUCUGCGUGACCGCAUCGCCCGUCACGGCGUCCGGAACAGCCUCUUGGUUGCCCCCAUGCCCACAGCCUCGACGUCCCAGAUCCUGGGCAACAACGAGUGCUUUGAGCCCUACACCUCGAACAUUUACGUUCGGCGCGUGUUAUCGGGCGAGUUUACUGUUGUGAACCAGCACUUGCUUCACGACCUGAACAGAAUGGGUCUCUGGAGUCCGGAGCUGAAGAACGAGCUGGUGGCGGCUAACGGCAGCGUGGCUGAUUUGGACAUCCCAGUCGAGCUCAAGGCGUUGUACAAGACGGUUUGGGAGAUUAAGCAGCGCACGCUAGUGGACAUGGCCGCUGACCGCGGGGCCUACAUUGACCAGUCGCAGUCGUUCAACGUCUUCAUGCCGGAUCCUAAUUUCGGCAAGCUCACGUCGCUGCACUUCUACGCAUGGCGCAAGGGUCUCAAAACUGGAAUGUACUACCUGCGGACCAAGGCUGCUGCCGAUGCCAUCAAGUUCACUGUCGACCAGCAGGCCUUGUCUCGCAAGAAGGCCUCUAAUCCGCCGCCCACGCUCUCGCUGCCCACCGGCAAGUUCUCAGUGGGCGCCCAGCUCGCUGCCAUGGUUUGCAGCUUGGAAAACAAGGAAGCGUGCCUGAUGUGCGGGUCAUAA